AUGACUGAACUGAAGAAAACAACUCUCUGUAUACUAGGUUGCGGGAACCUGGGCACUGCCAUCCUCAAAAGUCUGCUCGUACCCCCGCCCAACCGAACGAAUGAGAUCCCCUUCAACCAUUUUAUUGCCUGCGUCCGCAGUGAGCCAUCAGAGAUAAGACUGCGAACGAGUUUCCCCGAUCUACCCACCCUAUCCAUAUCCCGUGGGGGGACCCUCGAAGCUGUGCAAGCUUCCAACGCAAUCAUCCUUGGUGUCGACCCCGCCGAUAUCGAAACAGUGCUGACACAGCCUGGAUUUCGUGAGGCUCUGUCUGACAAGCUCCUUAUCAGUAUCGCAGCAGGUUGGACACGCCAGCAGAUAGAGGAGAAGUUGUAUGGAAGCGCCACUACACUGGAGAAUAGCCACAGCCGCGCCUGGGUCGUGCGCACAUUGCCUAACAUCGCUGCACAAGUCUCACAAUCGCUCACGGCAAUUGAGAUAUCUGAACCAGCUGUCCCAGAGGCCUACAUACAGGCUACGACGGCGAUCUUCGAGUGUGUGGGCAAACCAAUCCAUGUGCCUCCGCGCUUAAUAAAUGCGAUCACUGCAGUGGGCGGGUCAACGCCUGCUUUCUUUGCUGUCAUCUGCGAUGCCAUGAUCGACGCCGCGGUAGCGGUGGGUCUGCCUCGAGAUAUGGCGCACACGACGAUUGCACAGGCGAUGCUCGGCACGGCGACCAUGCUCCAGGACGGGAUGCACCCCGGCGUGCUCAGAGACCAAGGCACAUCUCCGGAGGGAUGCACGAUCGGUGGUCUGAUGGUUAUGGAAGAGGCGGGCGUGCGCGGACAUGUUGGACGCGCGCUUCGAGAAGCAGUCACGCUGGCCCGCCUGAUGGAGACGACGGAGCAUGUCAAUGAUACCAGACAUUAG